AUGUCGGUUUUAAAAUGGAGUCAGAAUAUCACCAGUUGUAGAACUACGUUUUCAUUUGUUCCCCCAAAGCGUGCUCCAUUGGACUAUAAAGGUCGUAUGGAGGAUAUGGAGCAGUAUCUGGGUACAUUAAAAAGUACCCAGCAGGAAAGCAUUCAAAGAAUUGAGAUAUUGGAGUCACAGAAACACCAACUUCAAGGAAACGUUGUGAUGAAAGAAAAAGAAAUGGAAGAAUCUAGUACUUUGUCUAAGAAAAGCCAACAAGCCAGAAUGUCAUUUUCAUUUGACAAAGCAUUUUGUCCAGAAACCACUCAAGUAACGAUUUAUCAAGAAACAGCACAGCUAGUUCAAAGUGUGCUUGAUGGAUACAAUGUUUGCAUCUUUGCGUAUGGUCAGACUGGAUCAGGUAAAACAUUUACAAUGGAAGGUGAUAUCAACGGCCGUGAUACGUGGGGUGUGAUACCACGUGCUAUGGAACAAGUCUUCCUUAGUGCCGAGGAUCUCAUGAGUAAAGGUUGGAAGUAUGAGAUACAAGCGUCUUUUCUCGAAAUAUACAACGAGACAAUACGUGAUCUCCUUGGAAACCCUGACAGCAAACAUGAGAUUAAACAAGUAACCACAAACAAUGGCAAACAAGUCAACGAUGUGUUUGUUACCAACUUGAAAGCCGUUGCCGUUACAUCAUCCGAUCAAGUGUCCAGUUUACUUCGAAAGGCUUACGAAAAUCGUUCUGUGGCCGCUACAAACUGUAACGAUCGCUCGUCGAGAAGUCACUCUGUCUUUCAACUAAAACUCGUCGGGAGUAAUGAGAUUACUGGGGAACUAAGUCAAGGGGUAUUGAGUUUGGUUGAUCUGGCGGGUUCUGAAAGUAUAAGUCAAUCCGGAUCAACAGGAUUAAGACUUAAGGAAGCUAAACACAUAAACCAGAGCCUCACACAUUUGGGUACAGUCUUCAACUCCUUGGCUAAGAAGGCUAGUCACGUGCCUUAUAGAAACUCGAAAUUAACUCAUUUGUUGCAAAACUCUCUUGGUGGUAACAGUAAAAGUUUGAUGUUCGUGAAUGUUUCUCCUCGCGAGGACUCUUUCCAGGAAACCCUAUGUUCACUUCGAUUUGCCACUCAGGUAUGAUUCGUAUAUGUCAUAGCAUGAUUUCGAGUGCAAUUCGGGGAAAACAUGCACGAGUGAGUUUUUCAAAGACUAUCGAAAUUGCACGAGUC